UCACCCCAUCCAGUUGGUGGCGGCAAUAUACCUUUCGCGUGAAAUUCGCAACAAAACCUCACCUAAGAAGUAGUAAACGGAAGUAAGCGUUGACCAGUUAACAUUUUCACAUGAGCGUUUUUAUUGUUGUCAUUUAGACAUUUAUUAAACCCAUGGAACUCAAAAUAUUACUAAUUUAACUACACAGCAUCACGUACUUGCCCCAGGUAGUCUUUGAUUCGCGUUUGAGACACUACUUGGUUAAUGUUGUCUAGGUAAAGUUAGCUGCUAACGUUAGCUAACAAUGGCUGACAGUGUGGUUUUUCACACUCAAAUAGCCUCCAUUAUGGAGGUACUAGCGAAUACAGCCGUGGCAGAGGUCUGUAAACUCGUAGAUGACGACUAUGCAGUGUUUCGUUUGGAAAUAACUCAAAACCAGAAAGAAAACAGGGCGUUGCGAAGGAAACUACAGCUACUGGAACUGAAGGUGGCACGGGAGCGCGUCUUCGCCAGUCGUGUCAAGAUUCUUGACCAGUACAGAGGAAUGGCAAGAGGUGAAGGAGAUCUCACUGGAGGCCACAGGAGCUUUGUGAAGCCAGCAGGACACAAUACAUGGAGAGAUGACCAACCAAUCACUGUUGAUGAGGGGAGUGAAACCUCAACCCAGCACAUUAUCGUGAUAGAGUCUGCAGAUGCAGGUUCUGGGGUCAAGCUGGAGAGGUCUGAAAGAGAGGAGGACCCAUGGCAUAGCAGAGACACGCAGACUCGAGCGGCUGGAGAGCCCCAUGUAGCCACAAAGGACACCCCUACCAUCGCCCCAGCACCGCCUAGGACCCGACGCAGAAUCACGGAGGUCAGUGGAACGCAGAACGCCGUCCUCAAGUCAGACACCAAGACUUUAACUGUAACACACAGGCUCCUACACACAGGAUCUGACCACAGAUCAGACCCAGAGAGACUGGGGCUGGGGAGACUGGGCUGUCCUCCUGCUCCUGGCUCAGAGUAUUUACCUUACGGUAACCCAAACCCGAGGACUGUUCAUUCCCUUCGUGAUUCAGGUGAUGCAUUAGAGACUGGCAAUGAUCGGUCUUCUUCUUACGCUACAGAGAUGGACACUGGCAUCAUGCACUUGGGCUUAGAGACACAGACUGAUCUGUCUAGAGGGGACUGGAACCCCUACCGUAGUAAUGUUUACUCUGAAGAGUCCAUAGAAAGAAUGAAGAAAGGGGAGGGUCUGGUCAUAGAUGAAGUCACUGUGAAAGUGGAGGGCGAUGCUCCUCUGACAUGGAAUGUAGAUAAGACUCACUUAGGAGGACACUCACAAGGCAGAGAUUUCUUAAAUUACAGGGAAAGCUUAGAGACAAAUCCAAAUGUCACAACCCACUCCCCUUUACACACGGUCAGGGAUCAUGAGUCAGUGUCCAUGUCGAUGGGACCUUCGAAGUCACAGGACCACGUCCUUUUCGAUCAGGUAUUGAACUCAAAGGGCCAAAAGGCUAAGGCACGGGGUAGAGGAGCAACAUCAGGCAAAAGUAAAGAGAAACGGUUCUUAUGCAUGUUCUGUAACAAAGGCUUCAGCUGCCCCCAGAAGGUGGAGAUCCACCAGAGGGUCCACACAGGGGAGAAACCCUUCGGAUGUACCCAGUGUCAUAUGCGCUUCGCUGAGGCUGGCAACCUGAAGAAGCACCAGAGGGUCCACACAGGAGAGAAACCAUUUGGCUGUACCCAGUGUCACAUGCGCUUCGCCCAGGCUGGUCACCUGAAGAGACACCAGAGGGUCCACACAGGGGAGAAAUAAUACAGCUGGUCCCAGUGUGAGAACAGAUUCUCCAGCACCAGCUGAAGAUGCACCUGAAGGGCUAUGCGGGUGAAAGGCGGUUCACCUCUACGCAAUGCGGGAAGAGGUUGUCAGAGAUGAGCUACCUCAGAAUACACCAGUAGAAAAAAACAUUCCACUCUAUAGCCUCUGAUGUUUAGAUCAAACACUGCAUUAAAGUUUAAUUUUCA